CUCGCCAUCUCGCCAGUGGACUUGAAGUCCUUCCUCCUGCAGAUCAACAGGAUCAAACCCCUCCAGCUCCAGUCCUCCUCAGUCCAGUCAGUCCAGAACCAGUUCACAACAGGGGGGACGUGACAACUGAGGACGACAUUCUGAACCGGUAUGAAAUCGGCAGAAAGCUUGGUGAGGGAGGAUUCGGAUCUGUUUAUGAAGGGAAACGCUUGGCAGAUGACCUUGAGGUGGCUGUGAAAAUCGUCAGAAAGUCACGGAACAUGAAAUACAUCAACAUUCCUGGUCAUCCCGCACCCCUUCCAUUAGAGGUCGGCCUGUUGAUCCUUGCUAACAGGGGUCCCAAAGUUCCAGAAAUCAUUGAGUUGCUGGACUGGCAGGACCAACCUGUCCAAUGCAUCAUGAUCUUGGAGCGUCCCUCACACUGCCAAGAUCUCUGUGAUUUUUUGGAGAGUCACGGCGGCACCCUCAAUGAGGACACAGCACGGUUUAUAAUGACGCAGGCAUCAAUGGCCGCUCACAUCUGCUUUUCCCGUGGAGUUUUCCACCGAGACAUUAAGUUGGAGAACUUGCUAAUAAACACAGAAACACUUGAGGUCAAGCUGAUCGACUUCGGCUGCGGGGAUCUCCUCCAGGAAUCUAGAUAUGAAAGAUUCUGUGGCACUCGAGAGUACUGUCCACCUGAGUACUUCACAGAGGGCAAGUACCACGGUAAACCAGCUACUGUCUGGUCUCUGGGAGUGCUCUUAUUCUUGCUGGUCUGUGGACGCUUUCCAAAACGCAGAGAUUUGCAGAGGAUUGAUGACGACGUCUGGUUUGAGCCUGGCUUAUCAAAUGAAUGCUGCCACCUGAUUCGAUCCCUCCUGCAGAAAAAACCAAGUGGGCGGAUUGAUUUGAAGAAAAUCAUUUUCCACAAAUGGUUUAUGAUGUCAACAUAUCAUCUGGUGGCCUGAUACAAGACAGUGGCAUCCCUCCCUCCAUGCCUUGGCUGGUGACUCUUGGCUUGUAAUAAUAUAAGCAUCUGGCGAUAUUACUUGCCUAGGAACAGUACAAAAAUUCCCCGUCACAGCCGACUUUAGGCAGAGCUGCAUGUCAUGGACAGAAUUCCUCUCUUGGCUGCUCCUGCCAUGGCCUAUUGUACAAACUGUUAUUGUUCAUUAAAUAUUUUGUUCAAUAAAUAAUAUUUUAUAUAAAUAAUG